GGGGGAAUGUGCUCUACGCCGGGCAAGGAUAAGCAGCUACGCUCCGAGCGGGUCUGUCACCCCUUCCCUUCCACACGGAAAAGGAGGAAUUCAGGAACUUCCCAGGAGUUGGAAUUUUUACAAUAAAUUUUGAAAUGGACCAAUAUGAAGAUGUGUCAGAGGGUGAAGUGGACCACUCUUUCUUUGACAGUGAUUUUGAGGAACAGCCGAAGAAAGAAGAAAAUCCUGUUGCAGCUGAUGGUGAAGAAUGUAGUGAACCCACAGAAAAAGGAGGCAUACACAUAGAUCAAUCAGACUAUGAAACAGAAACAAAACUGAGAAAGGAACAGAAUGCUGAGGAGGAAAGUGAGGAGAAAAAGAGAGAGUCACUGAAGGAAAAUUCCAUAAAUAGUGGUACUGACCAUAGUGGAACUGCUUCGUCUCAAUCAGUUUUUUUAAGUUCAGAGAAUGCAAGUACCUCUGGUAGAAAUCCUGUGUUAAAUAGAAGAAUACAUGUAAACAUUCCAGCUGGGAUCCCCAAAAUAGUUAGAGAAGGUGAGGAAGAUUAUUAUACAGAUGAAGAAGACAGUAGUGAUGAUGGCAAAAAACAAAGAGUUAGACCUAAAUCAGCUAAGCAGGCCAGUGGCAUAAAGAGAGUUAACAAAAAGUAUACCAAUAUUAGCUCAUCUUCCUCAUCUUCCUCCUCUUCAAGUUCAGAAACAGAUGGUUCAGAUAUGGAUUCUGAUAGCUGCAUAUCAGAUUCAUCACACUCUUCCUCAAAGAGAAGUAUAUGCAGCUUGGGUCUUCUGUCUCCAAGACAAAAAUUCAGGCCAGGAAUAAAGUCGGUGGAAGUAAAACCAAAACUUGGUGAAUAUGCAGAGGAGUCUGAAGAUACAGUGACUGAUGUAACACCUCUGUCAACACCAGACAUCAGUCCCAUCCAGUCUUUUGAACUUGCAGCAUCAAAUGAUAAGAAACUGAAAGUAAAAAGACAGGAAAACGUGAGCCAAGAAUUAUAUGAUGCUGAGUUUGAUCGCAAAUAUAAUCAAAAGGUUUUGCAUGAUGCUGUGGACCUGAAUCAGCUUUUGAAAGCUUUUCUACAUUUGGAGAAAAAAGAACAGCAACAACUGGUCGUUGAUCAGCCUUCUCCAGGGUCAAGGAAAAAUUACUCUUUCACAAAUGAGAAAGUAAGACAAAUUGAUCGGGAAAACCAAAGGCUAUUAAAAGAACUGUCCAGACAAUCUGAAAAGCCAAGGAGCAAAAGUGCCACUCUGAAGAAACCUGAUAGCCUGCCACCUAAGUUAUACCAUAGUGCCCUCAACAGGCAGAAGGAGCAGCAAAGGAUUGAAAGAGAAAAUCUGGCUCUUCUAAAGAGACUGGAAGCAGUGAAGCCAACAGUUGGCAUGAAGCGUUCUGAACAGUUGAUGGACUAUCAGCGCCAUAUGGGGUAUCUAAGUUCUUCACCAUCCACGAGACGAGGAAAGUCUGCUUUAAGCCAGCUGAGCUCUUCAAGAGGAGCUUCAAGAACAUCCAGUGCAGUCAGUCGUAGGACUGAGAGACCAGUUUCUGAUGCAUCUAGUGGGGCAUUACGGAGACCUAAGCCCACUAAUGUUCGUGCUGCUUGGUUAUAAGUUACUUGUACUCUGCCCAGAGUUCUUACUUGAUCGCCAGACUUCUAUUUCUUUUGCUUUUGUAGAUAUCUCUGUGCAAAAGUAUUGUCAUCUUCAUUGUUUGCUGAUUAAAGUGCAUUGUGGUGUAAUUUCUUGUAAAUCGGUUUUAAAUGGACAAUUUCACUUGAAUCAGUGUUUCCUGUGAGGAUGUAUUUGACAAAGAGAUGGGAAAAUUGAAAUUGCAAAGGAUUUGCAUUUACAAAGCACAAAUGAAGUUCACACGUAUGAAGGAUGGAAUUGCUGUGCUUUGGAUCCAAGAUGUAAAAAUUACAGUUUAAUUUUUUAAAUUGCAAUAAACGUUCAAGCAUGUACUUAGAUCAUAAACGGUUCUAAUUUUUCAUGGUUGUUUGGUCUUCAGAACUUCUAAGUCAUGCAAUAAUGGCUCAGCAUUUUCUUUUUACUACAGUUUGUGCAAAUGUUUUCAAUAAAAUGUAGAUCUAUAUGUUCUAUUUAUUGAUACAGUAAGUAUAUAAAUAUCUGAAUUUAUAGUGCUGCAACAUAUCCAUUCUGGUUGCACAGCAGUAGCACUUUUCAUAUGAGCGAACUAAAAUAUUGAGGUUGUAGGAAGUGUCUUGUUCUCCAACUAUGGCAGAUCAUUCUAGCUGAAUAAAGCGGUGUUCAUUCUGGUGUGAAAUUGUCUUUCCCUGACUUAAGGGAACAUAAGGAAAAAACAUACCAUGGUGGGUGGAAACGUGUGUUCGAUAGGAGAAUAAAUUUGAAGUGAAAUUCUAAUGUGAGGUCCAAUAAAAACAGAAAAUUCAACUACUCCUCAAACUUGGUUAAUAGCCAUUGCCUUUAGUGAUGACACUACUCUGCCCUCACUAACUGGUGGGAACAGUCAUGGAGCUGUAAGACAAAUUCAGUAGAAUAACAUCCAAGUUUUGAGAGAGAUUAUCAACCAAAAUUAGAAAAGAGGACAAAGUAGAAUAUAAGGAUACAUCUUAAGUUGUGCUUCUUGAGCUUAUAUUUUAAUGUUGUGUUUUAUACUAGGUCUUUUAAGUGGGUGAAGACCAACCAUGGCAUGAGUUUUGAGUUACAUAGUGUAAGAUUUUAUGGAAGUGAUAAUGGAAAGCUACUGCAACAAGCUUUUUGGUCACUGGCUGUGGGAUUUUCUUUGAUGAUGAGCAUGAACUAUGAUCCAUUAACCAUAGUUACUGUUGUACCUUUGCUUGUUGUCCUGCCUCCUUUCUUUCAGAAAUUCUGGGGAUCUUUGUGUUAAAUAAGAAAACAUUUUGUUAAAUAGUAUUGAGAUCUACAACUACAAAAGUCAGAUCCAUUUUCUCCUCCCGUGUUUAGCACAACGGCAUAAGUUUCUAAAUAUUUAAUGUGUUACACUUGACAAAAGAUCAUCCAGUUUCUUUGGUCCUCUUUAAUAACUUGACUGAACGAUAUGAGUUAAAGCAGCUUCACCUCUGAAUCUGAUGACUUUUGUGGAUUAAAUUUUUAUAUACGCGAGAAUGUAUUAGUAGUUUUUAACUUUAAACAGUGGUACGGCAAAUAACUAUCAUUGAAAUUGUUCUUUUUGUGACUGUAAUGUGUUCCUUGGAUAGUACUGCUGGAAUUAUUUGUAUAAAUAUGCUGAUUAAAAAUUAUUCACCAUUGAAAGUGUUUUUGAAUGAGCCAAAUAAACUAAAAUAUCAAAGGUCA